GUUUCAGCCUAAAGUCGGGGUUUAUACCGAACGCAGUACUGCAGAGAUUAGCUGAAGCUAAAGUGGGGAAUUUAGUGAUUGUUUUUGUUUUGUUUCUUUCUUUUUUUUUUGGUUUAUGGUGAAAAUAGAUUCUGGUCGAGCUCCACGAUGAGGAAGAGUGAGUUGCAUGCCGCCGAGUCGGUGGCGUGUCUGAAUAAAGCCCUGAGUCGCCUCAAGGACAUCUGGGAGGAGAUCGGCAUACCAGAGGACCAGAGAAUGCAGCGCACUGAAGCGGUCAAAAUGCACAUCAAGAACCUUCUGGACAUGAUGAUAGCGGAGGAGGAAGGGCUGAAAAAGAGGUUGCUGAACAGCAUCGAGUCAUGUCGAAAGGAGCUGGGUGGUUUGUGUGAGGAGCUUCAACUCCCUCCGUUUGAGGAGGACGAUGGCCUGAGCAUGCUGCAGCUGGAGAAGGAGAUUCGCACACGACUGAAGGUGAUGCUGAAGCAGAAGAACCAGCGCGUGAGUGAGCUGAAGAGUCUGAUACAGCAGGACCGCGAGCUGUGCGAUAUCCUGUGUGAUAACCCACACUGCAUCGAUCCCGACUGCGUUCCCUCUGCCCAGCAGCUGCAGAACUACCGCCAGCACAUCGCCAGCCGCAACCAGGAGAAGGAGCGUCGUUAUUCCGAGUUCGUGUCCAUCAAGCGCCAGAUCAUCGUGUUUAUGGAGGAUCUUGAGCAGAUGCCCGACACUAGCUUUGAGAGAGAUGUGGUGUGUGAGGAAGAGGAGGCAUUCUGCCUCUCGAGAGAAAACAUCACUGCCCUGAAUGUACUACUGAGCCAGCUGGAGAAUCGGAAAGCAGAGAUUGAAGUGGCGUGUGUGUCCUACCGUAGCCGUAUCGCGGAGCUGUGGGAGAGACUGCAGAUCCCCCAAGAAGAGAGAGACUCCAUUGCUGAACACAUGCAGUGCAGCAAAAAGAGGAACAUGGAUGCUCUGCACGCUGAGAUGGAGUGCCUGGAGGAGCUGAAGAUGAAGAACAUCCAGAGUGUGAUUGAGUCAAUCAGAGCAGAAAUCGAAAUCCUCUGGGAGAAAUGCUUUUACAGCCUGGACCAGAGACACGCCUUUGCUGCAUAUUACUCUGAUAAUUUCACUGAGGAGCUACUGACUCUGCAUGAGCAAGAAGAGCAGAGGCUAAAGCAGCAUUACGAGCAGCACAGAGAGCUUUAUAAUGGCGUGACUAGCUGGCAGAGUAACUGGACACUCUUCCAGGAACUGGAGAAAAAGGCCACAGAUCCGUCUCGCUUUCACAACAGAGGAGGCAACCUGCUACGGGAGGAGAAGCAAAGAGCAGAGCUUCAGAAGAGUCUGCCGAAGCUGGAGAAAAGUCUGAAGAUCCAGAUCGAGCAGUGGGAGGCGGAGCACGCCACAGAGUUCCGGGUCAACGGGCAGCACUUCAUGCAGUACGUGGAGGAGCAGUGGAACCUUCACCAACUGGAGAAAGAGAAGGAGAAACUCGAGAGGCAAAUGAAAAAGAGCAAGCAGACAGAAGAGGACAUGCUGUAUGGUACAGCACUCAAAACACCCACCAAGAGGAGACUAGGAGGAGCGCCCACACCUGGAAAAUCUCGCAAGCUGAAUUCUACCUCCAGUAUCGCUAGCUCUACACCCAACACCACCUUGCGCUCCAUCUGCCACUCUCCAUCCAUGAGACCACCUCUCUCUGCCAGCAAGAUUGGUUCAGGUUUGCGUUCGUCCACUCGUACUCGAACCCCCCGCGGCCUGGAGAGGAAUAAGGAAAACCUUUCUCAGCUGAGUGGAGCGCUGCGCACCAUGACCUCCAGCCCGUACCGAAACUGUUCCAUCAACUCUGUCGCCAGCUCCUACUCCGAGUUUGCGAGGGAUUAUGUCAACAUUGAAUCCACAACCAUCUCCAGCGAGAACUCUCACAAGCUUCAAAGUCCAGCUGCAAGGCUGGAGUUCUGAACUCCACAAUCACACGCUAAGUGCUGAUAUCAUGGAACCAUGGCACUCACUCCAACCUGCUCAACCACACCAUUUCUGUAGAUGAAGAGAGACAUUUUAAGAGAUUGCUGAAUGUAAAUUACCUGCAAAAGAUAUGUGGAACCUGUGUAAAUAUUUUUUUUCUUCUGUUUUAAUGGUUUUCUUCUUCUUUCAUCUUCUUCUUCUUGCUUUUUUUUAACAUGCGUCUUAGUUCCGAACAAAUCAGUUCUACAUGCAGAUUUACAUGGACAUCAGGUCAUGAUCAAGAGUUUUUAUAAAAACUGCAAUAAACUCCUCUUAUCUUAUUUUUAACCAGUCAUUUGGGCUUGUACAGUAUCUUAUAGUUUUGGAAGUACAUAUGUGAUGUAUUAGGAUAAUCUAUUCUGUCUGUAUUUAAUUUUUUUUCUACUACAUACCUAACACUAGUCCUUCAUUCCUGAAAUGUUUCAGUUUGCUUGCAAACACUAAGGGCAUCCUGUAAAAAUAAAUGUCUUCAUUCAGA